GACGCGACGUCGGAGGCGGAAGUGGCGCGGCUGUCGCUCUUGGGCUCUCACUGCCGGCUCCGGGUUCUGCGAGGAGCCUCCUGCCAGCCGCCGCGUCUCCCUGCCCUCGCUGCCCCUCCAUGUGCCCGGGCGCCGCCGCUCCGCCUCGGGCCGCUGCUCACCCCGGGGUUUAUGGAAGUGAUGGAAGGACCCCUCAACCUUGUGAGUGGUCGCGGGCUGAGUCGGGGACCGGUAGGCUGCGGGGAAACGCGGGCUGAGGGGGUCAAGCGGCACUGAAGGGGGAGCCGCGAGCUCAUGGAGGGGACCCUGAUCCCCGGGGCUCAGGCCUCUCCCUCGGGGCCCGUGGCAUCUGCCCUGCUGGGACCGCGUCCCAGCGCCACGUAGCCGCCGCCUGCAGGCCGCGGGCAGAGUCGGGGUGUCGGGGCCGCGCCUCGCACACCGCACCCCCUCUUCCCUGCUGCCCUCGCAGCUGGGCUAGCGAAGGCCCCUCUGAAACAGCUGGAUCGGAACCCCAGUCCACGCCCCGCAGCCCGGUGCCUUUGCUUUAAGGCUCACGAAAGUACCAGACGUGUUUGCCUUUCUCAGAAACACAUACAGAGAGACACACAGGGGGCCGGGUCAUUAUUGUUUGGGGCAAAAAGGAACACACACACACACACCGCCCCAAACAACCCCACAAAACCCCAAACCUCCCACAGUUCUGUUCUAAGUGUGAUCACAGGACAUCUUCGGGUUUCCUGGGAAAAGGUUCAUGAAAUUCAGAUGCAGACGUCUGGUUCCUUAGUGUUGCGGAGUAAAACUUUGCAAGUCCCAAGUCUGUAGGUGGUUUGCGAUGAUGCGGAGGGAUUGAGAGCAGGACCGGGAAAGAUUGAUUGCUUCCUUUGGAACUCUGCCCUCCCUCCCGGCUUGGAAGAGCCUGGUCCGUGCUGUGCAGAGAAGCCAGAGUCUGUGGUUUCAGACUAUGGAUUUCUGGAGCCAAACUCCUGGAUUUGAACUCGGGCUUAGUCACCUAAUAGCCUCAAGAGACCUUGAACAAAAAUUUUCACUUCAUUGUUUUUUUUUGUUUUUGUUUUAACCCUCGUUCGUUGUGAGGAUUAAAGGACUGAAUAGAUAAGAGACACGUAGAACUGUACGUUAUGGAUGGAACAUUGGAAGAGUUAGUUGCUCCAGUGAGACCGUAGCCCCUGUCACUUAAUGAGAUUUGGGAGUGUUGAGCGUCAACGCUGGAGAGUGAACACCUAAAGCUAUGGUUCCAUCCCUGGCGCCAGGUUUGCAGCUCCGAGAAAUCUACCCAAGAGUUACUAAUUUAGACCCUGCGUCCGUUUCUAAGUGGAUUACACUUCAGGCUAAUGAGGCUACACUGGCUCACCAGCAGAGCCGCCGAGCAGACCGUUUGUUAGCUGCUGGGAAAUACGAAGAGGCGAUUUCUUGUCACAGAAAGGCAACAACAUAUCUCUCUGAAGCCAUGAAGCUGACCGAGUCUGAGCAGGCUCACUUAUCACUGGAACUGCAAAGGGACAGCCACAUGAAACAGCUGCUUCUCAUCCAGGAGAGGUGGAAGAGAGCAAAGCGAGAGGAGCGGUUGAAAGCGCAGCAGAGCACGGAACGGGACGGAGCCCCCCACCUGCAGGCACCUCCCAGGCCCUCUGAGGAUGCUGAAGGCCAGAGCCCUCUGCUUUCUCAGCCAUACAUCCCUUCCACAGAGAGGCGCCUCCCCGAGGUGCAGGGGGUCUUUGACAGGGAUCCAGACACAUUGCUGUUUUUACUUCAGCAAAAGAAUGAGCCAUCAGAGCCCUGUAUUGGAAGCAAAGCCCCAAAAGAUGAUAAAACGAUUAUAGAGGAGCAGGCAACCAAAAUAGCAGAUUUGAAGAGGCAUGUGGAGUUCCUUGUGGCUGAGAAUGAAAGAUUAAGGAAAGAAAAUAAACAGCUAAAGGCUGAAAAGGCCAGACUCCUGAAAGGCACAGCUGAGAAGGAACUGGACGUCGAUGCAGACUUUGUAGAGAAGUCAGAGCUGUGGGGCUUACCUUCACACUCGGAAUCCGCCGCUGCCUCUUCAACCUGGCAGAAGUUUGCAGCUAACACGGGGAAAGCCAAGGACAUUCCAAUACCCAACCUUCCUCCUCUGGAUUUCCCAUCUCCAGAGCUUCCUCUGAUGGAGCUCUCGGAGGACAUUCUGAAAGGAUUCAUGAAUGACUAAGAUGGAAGGCCAUUGGAGAGGCUGGCGACAGUUAAUCCAGAAAAGAAUAUAAAAGGGAAAGCCACGCCCCAGGGGAAUGCCAGAGAUGCUCCUUCAUCUGGUAUGCUGUGGGAGAAGAGGUGGUGCCAGGACCUGGGAAAGUCACUGUGAAACAUCACUUACCUUCGUCACGACUAAAGCUCAUGAUUCCGACUCGGCAGACACUGAACUCUUGGCGGUUCGCUUUCUUAUGAUACAAACCAAAUGGCUACCUGGAAUAAUUUUUCAAACAGUUAUUUUUCUUCAGGGUUAAAUGUAUAAAAGUAUGUCAUUAAUCUAUAAUGCCAUAAAUGAUAAUGCAAAAGCUAAAUAUGGUGGCCUGAGAGGCUCACUUGUAUUUGGAACAUGCUUUCUAUCAUGCGUUGACUGUAUGCAUUUUCUGCACAUUGUGUUUGUUUGAGAUGUGGUGUGUAAGAUACACGCUUCCAGAUGGAACUGUACGUGCCACGUUUGCACUACUCGUAACAUAAUGAGAACCUCAAGACUAUCAGGAGAAAUAUUUAAAUUUCCAUUUUAUGAAGAAAGGAACCAAAUUAUUAGUUACGCUUUUUAAAGAAAUUACCAGUUUACAUAAUUAAUCAGGGUGCAUUUAAGUUCUAACUUUGUGUUAUAUGAUGCAUCAUUUGAAAAUACUGAGGCACUCUCCUUUGUGCUGAAUGAUGCAUGUGUGAAAGCAAUGCUAGUUAGCAGUAUUUGAUUGUAAGAAAUAAAUAAAAUAAUUGUGUUUCAUACCUUU